AUGCCAGAACAACGGAGAAACCCUUCUGCGGAGGUGAACUCGUAUCCCGAUGUCCCCCAGCAAUACUGGAGUUCACAAAGCAAUGCUCCGGCUUCAUCGAGUCUAGCAGCCCCGCAGCCAACUCAUUCGGUCAAUCGUCUCGGCUCUACCGCCUCGACCUCAACGACGAAAGCAAACCGCGGCUCUCCUCCUCCACCAGAAACUCCAAUUGUGCCUCCAGGUCGCUCCGAUAUUGAAUCCCGAUACGCUGCAGCAGGAAUCGCCGGCACUUCGACUCUCACCAAUCUCCAGGCCCAGAGUGCUGCGGCGCAACAGCGUGCCCAGCAGUAUGCCGCUCCCCAAACACAAACCCACCUCUCCCAACCUCAGAACUCGACUCCCAGACCAUGGACGCCGACAGAAUUACCCGGUAGCCAACCGCAUGGUCCACCAACCGUAUAUCAGGGACCCGUUCCCACAUCCGUGCCUCCUCCGCAGACUUCAGGCCCGGCAAGCCAUCCACCCCCAGGCCACCCUGCUGGCUACCAUCAGAACCACAACCCACUAGAGGAAGAUUUCCAGAGAAUGAAUUUGACUGCUUCUCCUCCUCCCGCGUACUCCAGCCUUGGUGGACCAGGACCUGGUGGGUCUGCGCCCCACAGCUACCCAAAUGAAAAGCAAGGCGCUGUCGCUAUCGCAGGCGCUCAUCCCGCCUCAAUGAUCGCGAUGAGCACUGCAGCUAUGACGCCAUCUACGCUGGCACCCCAUUCCCACACUCAUGCUCCGAGUACUCAGGGCCAUCCAGCAUUUGCCAAUGACCCCAGACAAGCUGAUCCUCGCACUUCGCAACCAAAUACCCAGAAUGGACAACCUGGUGUCCAACCGACUCCUCUUAACGGCUCGCCUGCACCUCCUGGGCCCUCCCCAGCUUCCCCUCCUCCACUCCCUGAAGGCUGGAUUGCACACUUGGAUCCCAACUCCGGACAAUACUAUUACAUUCACCUUCCCUCUCAAUCUACCCAAUGGGAAUUUCCGAAGGGCCGACUCCUCUCAACUUAA